AUGAAAUUUCAGGAGAAAUGGAGAGACGAUAUGCUUCUCAAGCUUCAUCAACAGAACCUGACGCUCAGCGCGGAGGAGAUGCAACUUGCUUCCAAUACCACAUCGUUCAAUGGAGUAAAAAGAAGAGCAGACGCGUUGUUGGACCAGAUCCGAGUCCUGAUCAGGAAGUUCCUGCUCCUAUCCCAAGGUGAUCCAGGUCUUGUGGAGGCUUGUUUUCAGAUUGUACAGGAAGAAGAAAGGAGAGAUGAAGAAGCGGCACAGUGCAAGGAAGAGAAAGGAUUCAUCACACCAGACAGACCUAAGAAAUGGAAAGAUAAGAUUUUGACAGAACUCAGAAAGGUUCCAUUCCUGAGAGUGGAGAAUACACCGAAGCAAGACAGAAUAGUUGAUAGAAACUGGCUAGCCUUACACAUGGAACUCCUUAGUCAACACUUGCGAGAGGAUCUCAAUAUUCUCAAGGGUCUCUUUUCGGCUUGCCAUUCGCUGGACAGUGACGUUGCACAGUUUUUCGUCGACAUCUACUACGAGUACCUUACACAACACAUUCAAGAUAUUGUAUCACCAGGACUUCGACACAAUGAGAUCAUUCAACUACUGAGCUGGCUCACAGAACACAAGGCUGAAAUGAAACGAUUCAAUGUGUCGUUUAUUGAAGGUGUCUGCUUAGAACAGGCUGCAGAGAACAUCGUUCCAGAGCAUACGAGGAAGGAGUUGGAGCAAAGCUAUUUAAAGACAGUACAUAGCAAUGUUAAACAUUGGGCCAAGGACGCUUUGCAGAAGGAGAGAGAGGACUGGAAGAGUGAAGACUCGCCCCCAAAGCAAGACAAAGAUGGGUACUUGUACACAGAAUUUCCCGUCCACUUGUUUGACUUACUCAGGCAAAACUUGGAUGUUGCCCGUGAGAUAAGUACAGGAACAUACAAAGCUUUAUUGGGCUAUUGUCUUGAUGAAGUCAGGAACAUUGUACAGCACUAUGCAGCGGCCGUGAAGGUCUACAUUCCGACAAGAUCGGUGUCAACCACGCCCCCAUCAUCGCCGCAGCCAUCGCCCAAGUCGGCCCAGCUGGUGAAGAAGAUAAGAAAAACGGUGGAGCCGCACCUGUCGACCACGGCAGCAGAGGAGAAGCGAAGUCAGCUAAAUAAACCAAAGUUCUACGUGCAAUUCUCGGUAGCAGCAUUGAAUAACUUUGAUACCAUCAUUGAGCAUUCGCAGCUCUUCAAUCAACAGCGCCCCCAGGGGGAGAAGAAGAAUCCCAAACAGACAGAUGAAGACGAGGAUGAUUUCACAUACUCACUAAAUAUGAUGAGAAGACUAGCCAAAGAAUGCUUUGACAAAUUCAUGAAUGAUCUCUUUGCCGAGAUAAAGCCUCUCCUGAAAUUGGUCGGCACAAAACAAUGGUUUGUUCAGAAUGGCACAUCAUGUAUUGGUGAGGUAUGUGACACCAUUACGUCAUACACGUUUCAUCUUCGGAGACAGUUCACUGGCGAAUGGAGGGAGAAGAUUGAACAGUACAUGCUACAGGAAUACACCAAGAGCUUCAGUCGAAGGACUGUGUGCAUCACAUGUAAGAAUUCCAAAGAGAGGCAGAACGUUGCUGAGCAGAUCAUGUGGGAGUGUGAUCAGAUUGAGAAUACGCUAGCUUCACUCCAGAGAGAAGCAGAGGUCCACAUAUCCAUCUUCAACAUGUUGAGACAGAUGGCUGAAGUUAUCCACCUGAGUGACAAGCAAACAAUUGUACUGGAAGUAACGAGUCUUGUAAUGAAACACCCAGAGUUGACGAGGAGACAGCUCAAAGCCAUCCUUAGACUCAGAGGUGAUCUCAAGAAAGCCAAGAUUAAGAAGAUCAUAACGAACACGAUGGCGAUUGAUGACAACGAUAGCAUCGGCUACUGCUCCGGAGAGUCUGCCGUCUCUUGUGCUACCAACGUAGGCGUAGGGUCCCCAUGAUUUAGUCAAGGUCGUGGAUAAACUGAAUACUAAAUUCAUAUCUACAUCUAUGGACCAAAUGCUUGAAAGCUGUCAGACUCGAGGCCUGAAAAAUAAACUUACAGAAAGUUCACACAUAAAGAAUACGUACUGAACUUGUUGACUAUCUGUAACAAUGUAGAUAAAAAAGAGAAGGGAAUAGAAAUUGUUUUGAUAUCAUCUUUGCAAGACAGGAUUUUUCUCUUGGAAAUUUUGGGUUAUAUACUGAAUAUUUAACAGCGGUGCUAUUUGCUUCAAAUUUUGUAGUCAAUAACAUUUAUUUCCAUACUAAAUAGAUGAAAAUGCAAUGAAAUUGCACAAAUAACUCCCGACUUGUCAGUCAGUCAGUUCUUAUAGCUGUUUUAUCAUUGACCUGUAUUUAGAUAAGACACUUGUGCUUGUACAUUUGCUGAAGAAGUGUUGUUGGGAGACUGGUGCUCUGUUAAAUGUAUUUGCUUGGACAGGCCUAGAUCAAAGCCCUGAAGGACAAACAGCUUUUCAAAUCAGUUGUCAAUUCUCUUUGUACAGGAUGUGUCAUAAACUUGUAAGUCGUGCUGGGAAUUUACGGGAUCUGUCAUAGACUCAUGCUUGUGGCCUUUUCUGUCAAUGUCCCAUAUUUUUCAACAGGACCUAUCUUGUAAAAGGGUUUUGCAACCAAUCACCCUGACUUUUCAAAAAUCUUUGAAUUCUCAUGGAUGUAGUUAACUUAAUCUAGAAACAAAUUAAAUGAAGUGUAUAUAUAGGAAUACCUAAACCCCUUUCGUCAGCAGAUAUUACUCAUAUCUAUUGGAAAGUGGGCAAGGAAUUUUGUACCGUGAAAACCACUCCUCUCACUUGGAAUCAUCACUGUUUGUACAAAUUUUGUAUCUAUGUUUCCAGAAUUAUGUCAAUGAAACUACAUGUACUUGAGUGGAGACAUCAAGUGGCUUUAUGUAAUAAUGCCUGGUUGUAUAUAAUAUAUCCCAAUAUGGUAGCUAUAUUCUGUAAGCCCAUAUUUCAAUGUCUUCCAUUUAAAAGUAUUGUUUUAAACACCAAGCCACAACUCUUGCCAGUAUAUACAAACUAAAGAACUUCCAAUGUGCCUAGUAAAUGUUGUACGGUACAAAAUACAUAUUUUAGUUUUUAUACUUUGGGACCAUUUUGGAAUAAUAUUUGUGUGUGUAUAUGGAAAAUAGAGAUAAUGCCCAACAAGUACUGACAAAGAUAAACAAAAUAAAUUGUUGAUAUUAUUUAAUUUCAAUUUAUAUACAUAUGAAGUAAUCAUUUAUCAGCAAAAUUAUAGACAAAAAGGCUAAAGAAUGUGCAUACAUGCCGUUGAAAGCUAAAUCUUGCUCCUGUAACAAAAUGUAUAUGUUGGGAUAAAGGUUACACAUGUGUAAAGUGAUUAUGCAAACAAAUGUAAAUAAAAGCUCUAUGUUGAUAUGUUUGAUAAUGAAAUUAAAUACAUAGUAGAUAUUAACAUGUGUCUGGCAUAAUUUCAAUAUAGAUAUUAACAUGUGUCUGGCAUAAUUUCAAUAUUUCUGAAGUGUGAAGAAAAAAAAAAUUACAUAUUUGUAUUUACACAUUUCAAAAUAUAUAUUUGGAUGGAUCAACCAUCAAAUCUAUAAUGAAUCUUCUCUGAAACACCACUUAAUAGGAGUAAGAUGUGGAGAGUGGGCUACAGUGAAAGAAUUAAAAUCUAAAGAUGCAGAGA